AUGCUACCAACACCCACCCUCUCCCACUUCACCGAACGUGACUACGAACACAUCUACGAACCCGCCGAAGACACCUUCAUCCUCCUCGAUGCUUUGGAGCAAGAUGCAGAGAUGCUGAGGAAUAUCCGGAAGGAUGGGGAGGGGUUGCCGUUGUGUGUUGAGAUAGGUUCUGGUUCGGGGUGUGUUUCGACGUUCUUGCAAGCGAGUGUAUUCGGACACACCAAUUCAAUCCACCUCUGCACCGACAUAUCCCCAAAAGCCUGUCCAGCAACCCUCCUAAGCUCCCACGCAAACCUCCCAUCCCCAACCCACCCCCACCACCUCGACCCCAUCCGCACCUCCCUCAUAAACCCCCUCCUCUCCCCCCGCCUCCGCAACCAAAUCGACAUCCUCCUUUUCAACCCCCCCUACGUCCCAACUUCCUCCUCCGAAAUCGACAACACAGGCACCAUAGCCGCCACCUGGGCCGGCGGCGCAGACGGUAUGAUGGCUGGAACGUGGGAUGUGUUGAGUGUUUUAGGGGAGGUGUUGAGUGACCGUGGUGUGUUUUAUUUGGUUGCGGUUAGUGAGAACCGACCGCGGGAGAUUAUGGAGGUUGUGAGGAGGUGGAGUGGGGGUGGGGUUGAGGGGGAUGUUGUUGUUAAGCGGACUGCGGGGCGGGAGAAGUUGCAUGUGUUGAGGUUUUGGAGGAGGGGGAAUACGCUUAUCACACCGAUGGAUACGCCGAGUAAGUGA